UUCUUGUACAAUUUCACCGCCUACCUUACCACCUACACCAGGACAUCUAACACUCGUUUCUCAUCGUCCGUGUUUUCAUUCGCUACCUAGGUACAUCGUGUAUCCUGUGCCCUACUUACAAUUCACUACAUUGCACCAUCGGUCCGUCUAUCGCUUUGGUAAGGGAUCGCAAGACCCGAUCGAUCAUCAAAAGCAUCAUAUCUUUUUCCACCUAUAAUAUCAAUCACACCAAGAUCGCUGUGCGGCCGUGUGACAAACCCCCUUUCGUCAGCUUACGCAAAAUGCUCGUCAAGUCUAUUCACACCGCGGCUACUCUGGCAUCGUCGUUCGCUGCCCCCAAAAAUCUCGAUAUCAAUGAUGCCGCUUCUAUUCGGAGUGUGGCAAGCACGCUAGCCUACGGUACCAUGUCACUUUACAGUGGCAAUGUGACCAACACCGAAGAGACAAUCGCCAUCUUCCCGGCACCGGUCUACUGGUGGGAAGCCGGUGCCGCGUGGGGCUCGAUGCUGGACUACGCCCACUACACGGGAGAUUCUUCGUACAAUGAUGUGAUCACACAAGCUCUACUCUCACAAGUUGGUCCGGCGUUCGAUUUCAUGGUUCCACGUCAUUUCGGUGACGAGGGUAACGACGACCAGGUCUUCUGGUCUUUCGGAAUCCUCGCAGCUGCCGAGCGCAACUUCCCCCAACCCAAUGUCAACAUUCCGCCGUGGCUGGACAUGGCGGCCAACAUCUGGAACUCCAUGGUUGUCCGCUGGAACACCACUUCGUGUGGUGGCGGACUUGCCUGGCAAAUAUUUGCUAGCAACCCGAACGGCAUGAGCUACAAGAAUUCCGUCUCCAAUGGUGGCUUCUUCCAGCUAUCUGCUCGUCUGGCGCGGGAUACUGGCAACAAUACCUACUACGAGUGGGCGCAAAAGGUUUGGGACUGGUCUGUAGAAGUGGGAUUCAUCGACCCCAAUUUCAACGUUUACGAUGGCGCCGACAGCACAAAUGACUGCACAAAGGUCAAUCCUCUGUCUUUCUCAUACUCGCAAGGCAUAUACCUCUACGGAGCUGCCGUACUUUACAACCACACUGAUGGCAACAAGACCUGGAGAGACCGGACGAAUGGCCUGCUCAAGGCUGCCAACUCCUACUUCAGUCCCUAUGAAAAUGCGACCAACAUCAUGUUCGAACACGCUUGCGAAACCGUAGGGACCUGUAACACGGACAUGCUGAGUUUCAAGGCGUACUUGUCCAGAUUCAUGUGGGCCACAACCCAGAUGAUGCCAUCAACACUCACAGACGUCCAAACCCUGCUGAAUGUCUCCGCCGUCGCUGCCGGAAAGGCUUGCUCCGGCGGCGUAAACGGCACAGUCUGUGGGCAGAAGUGGUACACGGGGAGAUACGACAACAAUCCCGGUCUCGGCCAGCAACUGGGUGCUUUAGAAGUGGUGCAUGGACUCCUGGUCCAGGAGGCUACGCCGCCUCUGAAGGCCGGCGGGAUCAAGCAUGUAACGGGCGACACGGCGGGGAAUCCGGUGCAAACCACGACCCCUUCGCCAACGGCAUCGCCGACGCCCACAAGGCGAUCGACAAAUGAUGCUGGCGGUCUUGGCCCUGCCUGGUUCCUGACAAUUGCUGGCCUACUUGCAGGUUUGUUCUGGAAGUGGGCAUGAAGAAAGAUGGGGAGUUUGGUGCUUUAAGGCAGCGUUCUGGGUAUUACAGCACAGCAUAUGCAUGGGAUGGUGUUUCGACUUUCGCUUCUUCAGCUACCCAAGGGUUAGCCCACACCUUUUGACACCCCUUUAUAUGUAUUU